CCACCAUGGCUCUUCUCGAGUUGCCGCCCGAGAUCCUCAGCCAUAUUAUGACCUUUGUGGGGCCACCCGACAUUUCCAGCUUCGCUACUACUUGCAAACAAGCUCAUACCUUUGCAAGCCCUCAGAAUCAACUUCUAUGGAAAGCUGCUUUCCUGUCCGUCUUCGAUGAUCCCGCCGACGCAUGGGCUGCUAUGCCAGUCCAAGCCAGUCAACUUCGUAAGGAACAAUGGCAUUGGCAUCGGGAACUACGGCUGCGUUUCCUAGCCCUCCGCAUGGCACGCUCCAAGUACGUGCUUGAUUUCGACCAUGCCAAUGCCCUCGCUUAUGUCGACACCAUCUUGGAUAUUCUUGACACCACCAAAUUUACCCCCUCCCCACGUGACAUCAAACAUGGUAGAGUUCCCACUGUGGAUGACCGAACCCUCUCCCGCAAUCUCCAAGUCCUCUCAGAAAUAGACCAGAAAGACCAAGGCCUCGUUGCCCUCAUACACGACACGGGCAAAUCAGCAACAUCUACAUACCCAGCCACCAAUGGUAAUCCCUGGACCUCACCCCUCCGCCCCCGGACCCGGUCAGUGACACAGGCCGAAGACGAGAAAAACCGCCCUGAAAAUGCCGCCCGCCUUCAUGUCCUGAAUGGAUUGACCAAGCGCGAGCUCGAGAAUAGAUUGUGGGGAGCCGCCCGCAGAAAGGUGUACAACUGGCACCUGACCGGGUCCGACAACGAUUACGGUCCAUUCCAACGGAACGGCAGUGGCAAAGUUGACUGGCCCUUGCUCGAGGCUGUCUUUUGUGUCAUUGCUCGCAAUUUUAAGAUGUGUGUCCGUGGCCACCUGACCAUGCCUCAAGGCUUCUGCUUCUCCAUCCCCCACCGGACCUUGACCGACCCAAUAGUCCCAGAGGAUUGGGCUCGUGUCACCGGACCCUGGCUGGGCACAUACGCCUUUCUUGACUACGCCGACCUCUUCGCAUUCAACGCUGCCGAAGCCCUGUCCAUCCAACCCCCCACUCUCGACGACGAGGAAGAGGCGUGCGGCGACCUCAUGACUCUCGACCUCAAGCUCGAUCCGUCCUUGUCCUCAGAUCGUAAACUCCACACCCUCCUACCGUACUCCACCGAACUGCCCGUUCUGUACUUCUCCGGCUUGUCCAGGGCAAAUCUCGGCCUCCGCCGUCCAGCCAUUGGCGUUCGUGGCAUGACAUGUCUGAUACCCGGCGGAAGAGAGGUCAGGUGGCGCUUUAUCAUCAGCUACGGCGGCCAGGAUCAGUGGCAGUUAGAAGGAGUUCAGCCUGGGGGAGUCCGCUCUGGCGGUGUUUUUGGACUCUGGACCCAGUGUGAACACGAAGAAAAUGGCCCCAUCGGUCCCUUUUGCUAUUUCCCCUCAGAACUCUGCAAGACGACGAGCGUAGUUUUGGUGACCUAGAGGGUUCGCCAUGCUGCCCGGUGUCUCUUCUCCCGUCAUUUUUACGUCAACGCUGUCUCGACCUCGACAUCAUCAUGAUGUUACCACAAACCAGCUACGUCAAUAGCUAGACUACAUGGAAUCGUGGCAUCUAUUAUGGAAAUUAUGGCACC